AUGAGGUUCAAAACAAACAGGCUAUUUAAGCACUUUCAAAGCUUUUACUGUAAACAAUUUAGUACUAUCAUAUCUCUUAAGAAUACAACUAUAAAGGCACAUAGUUCUCGCGAAUAUCUCUGGCACUAUUCACCCUUUGUAUGUGUCUAUUCGUCAGAUACUAAAAAGUCAUUUCAGAAUUUAGAAAAAAGAGCUGAAGCUUUAAAAGAUGCAUUUGAACAAAAAAAAGAACAAAUUCGAGAUACAGAGCAAAAAAUUAGACUUAAAAGUGUGGAAUUUGUUCGGGAUAUAAAGCAACACAAGAAUGUAACUAGUAAAAAACUAAGAGUAAAAAAAGAGGUCCUCAUAAAAGAUAUUCUUGAAACUAAAGCUAAAGUCAAAGAAAAAAUUGAAGGAGUCGUAGAGAAAGAAAAUGUUUUUACUAUACCUAACAUUCUAUGCUUCACAAGAAUUGCUAUGUCUCCAUACCUGGGUUAUGUUAUUAUGCAAGAUGAUUAUCACCUGGCACUUGGUUUAUUGACAUUUGCAGGAAUCACAGAUUUGCUUGAUGGUUGGAUUGCACGUAACUGGAAAGGACAAGCUUCAAAAAUGGGGUCAUUCUUAGAUCCAAUGGCAGAUAAAGUUUUAAUAGCAACUCUGUUUAUUUCCCUCACGUGUCAAAACCUAAUUCCUUUGGCACUAACAUUACUUAUUGUUGCAAGAGAUGCUGCUCUAGUAUCUGCUGGAUUUGUUAUACGAUACAUUAGCUUACCUCCACCAAGAACACUUAGUCGCUAUUUUGAUGUGACUCAUGCUACAGCUCAACUCGCGCCCACAUUCAUAAGUAAAGUGAACACUGCAAUUCAGCUUUUAUUGGUUGGCACAACACUAGCAUCCCCAGUGUUUGGCUAUGUGGACCACCCUGCUCUACAAGCACUUUUUGGUGUCACUGCUGGAUCUACAGUUAUAUCAGCAAUAAGUUAUUUAACAAACAAAGAUACAUAUAAAGUUCUGAAGAAAUUAUGA